GAUGCGCAUCAGGCAGAAGAUAGCGAGGAGGCUUGCAGCCCACACCCAAAUGCUGUUCUCUGAUAACAGCCUCAGGAAAACACCCCCACUACCGCGUACUCUUUACCACUACUCCUAGUUUACUUCGGAAAGAAGGAAAUAAUUCUCUUUAUAUUUUACUUUGUGUUGUGAUAAAACGGUUUAUUACCUUUUUUGUUUGUUUGAUUGUUUUUUUUAUUUUUUAUUUUUGCAUCUCUAUUGUGGACCACUUUUUACCCCCCCUCAUGUGCAGUAGCUCACAAUGCUGUCUAAGAAGGAGAAAGAGCUGCUUGAAAGUGUAUGGGGGCAACUGACUCCUGCGGCUGAAUACAUUGGAGCGGAUGCGCUUCUUCGAAUGUUUACGGCCUUUCCCGGCAGCAAGACGUACUUUUCCCACCUCGACAUCAGUCCGGGCUCCGAUCACCUCUUCACCCACGGGAAAAAGAUCGUUCAAGCCAUAGCCGAGGGAGCCCAAAACAUCAGCAGGCUGACGGAAACUCUGGCGUCGCUGCAGACGUUACACGCCUACCUGCUGCGGAUAGACCCGUCAAACUUCAAGCAUUUCUCCCAGUGUAUGCUUGUGGCGUUGGCUGUUCACAUGGGCGAAGACUUUACGGAGGUCUUGCACGCCGCAAUGGACAAAUUCCUGUCAGCUUUUGCAGCGGUGCUCGCUGAGAAAUACCGAUGAGACUCCAACGACGUACAGUAUGCAAACCAUUUCAUGUACAGUAUUUAUGGAUGUAUUCGUUGUAAUAAAACGUGGAAAUCACAUGACGUGAUGUACUUGA